AGCACUGCCACACCCCAAUUCUUUUGAUCAACAGAUUCAGAAUGGGGACGUGAGUAGACUGACAACUCUAAAACCCUACACCCUCUCCAAACUACCAGUUAUUGUGCUAAAUAACAAUGCCAUCUUUUCCGAAUCCAGGUUCAGUGACCAUUUGCGAAAUAAAUCGAGACCUCAUUACUGCUGAGAAUCUUUCCGACGAACGAGCCAAGGAAACUUACGGGAAACUUCUGGGGACGGUGUUCAGUCCGGUGCCGUUUCAGUUGGAUCAGCCGGUACGACCGCCGAGUCCGGAGCUCGACGCAGUGCCAUUAGUCACAGUGGAAAGAAAGGGACUUGUAUCAACAUUGCAGGAGAUAGUGAAUGACUCUCUCAAACGCCUUUUUCAUCCUAAUGAUGUGACCCAAUUACCAGAAGUUGAUCUUCAGGGAGUAAGUUGGCACCAACAUAAGCAUAUUAUUGCCUUUAUAUCUGGGUCAAAUCAAGUUAUAGUUCGUGAUUAUGAAGAUUCAGAAGGGAAGGAACCAUGCAUUUUGAGCAAUGAUUCGCAACAGGAUGUAAAAUUACUUGAGUGGAGGCCAAACGGCGGGAGAACACUUGCUGUAGCUUGCAAGGGUGGAAUUUGUAUUUGGGUUGCCUCUUAUCCUGGAAUUGCAGCACCUGUGAGGUCUGGUGCUGCUUCAUUCUUGGGAACCCUAUCCAGAGGUUCUGGAAUAAGAUAUAUACUGGUGGAUUUUCUUAGAAGUCAGAAUGAUGAGCAAAUAAGUGCGCUGUCAUGGAGUCCUGAUGGAAGAUAUCUCGCGUCUGGUUCAUUUGAGAGCUCAUCAUUUACCAUAUGGGAUGUUGCUCAAGGUGCGGGGACUCCCAUUCGACGAGGAUUAGGGGGUAUAUCUACGCUUAAGUGGUCACCAACUGGAGAUUAUUUUUUUUCUGCUAAAUUUGAUGGUACAUUUUAUCUUUGGGAGACAAACACAUGGACAUCUGAGUCAUGGUCCUCAACUAGCGGUUUUGUCAUGGGAGCAACAUGGGACCCUGAUGGGCGUAUGAUACUUCUUGCUUUCUCUAAAUCUUCAACUCUAGGUUCAAUUCACUUUGCAUCGAAGCCCCCUUCACUGGAUGCACAUCUAUUACCCGUUGAGCUGCCUGAGAUAAUAUCAUUGACAAAUAGUCAGGGGAUUGAUAGAAUAGCAUGGGAUGCUUCAGGAGAGCGGUUAGCUGUAUCGUACAAAGGGGGUGAUGAUUUAUACAGGGGUCUAAUUGCCGUUUAUGAUGUGAGGAGGACUCCAUUGAUCUCUGCAUCGCUAAUUGGGUUUAUCAGAGGUCCUGGGGACAAUCCAAAGCCGAUAUCAAUGGCAUUUCAUGACGAGUUUAAACAGGGACCAUUGCUUUCUUUGUGUUGGAGUAGCGGAUUUUGCUGUACCUACCCUCUUAUAUUCCGUUCCCAUAUUUUGUCAUAAAUUGGGUAUUCUACUGAUGAAUUUUACUAUUUCACCCCCUCAUUGUUUGUGAUUUUCAUAUUUUCUUCUUUUCCUAUAUUGUUGAAGAUCUUAACUUUCAAGCAAAGAGAAAUUUGUAGUUCAAUGUUUUAGUACUCAGUCCGUACUCACUGGCCUUGUGAGUCACACAAUAAAGGAGUAAUGACUAAUGAGCUUUCCAGUUAGUAAA